AUGUUCAGGUCGUCGCGCAAGGCGAAGGGCACGCCCGCUACGAACAAACAUGUCUUCGAACCUUUUAGCAAGCGCAUCGCACGUCUCAAGAUCGAUCCUAUACACACUGUUCGCGGCCGAAGCGCAAUCGAUGAAUCUUCGGAUCUAUCACAGAGUUACUUCCGAACUGCUCUAGAAGAGUGGUCCUCGCUCAACCUCACGGUAACCUUCGGUAGCUUCCUCCGCAGCGCCAGCCCUCUCUCAGAGACCCUCCCUCAACUUUUGCACCAUGCCGACCUCGUCUUCGAGCUCCUGGUCCAGCAUAUUGAGAAGAAAGACUCUUUAGCAUUGGAGCCUUUGCUUGAUCUGACUGCACAAUUCGCUCACGAUCUGGGUCAAGAGUUUGAGAAAUACUUUGGACGAGUUGUAUCACUUGUGGCAGAUGUUGCGGCUACCCAGGAUGGUUCCGACGUCGUCGAAUGGUGCUUCACCUGCCUCGCAUGGAUGUUCAAGUACCUCUCCCGCCUUCUUGUGCAAGAUCUCCGGCCUCUACUCAGAAUCUUCCGUCCGUACCUCUCCGCUCGCAAAGAGUAUAUCUCACGCUUCUCUGCCGAGUCGCUUGCGUUCCUGAUGCGUAAAGCCGCCAUCGCAUAUCCAAAAAGAAAAGCUCCUCUCACAUUGGCUCUGAAUGAGCUCUUAGAAGUGGAAAGCGGCUCGGGCGAAGGCUCUGACUACGGAAUUAAGUUUCUUCUCGUCGAAAGCUGCCUCGGGGUCGAUGCCGAGCUACACUCUGGAGCCCAAUCGGUUAUCAACUGUUUGCUUGAGACUGUGGCAUCAACAAGAGCGUCAUAUAACCCGAGGAGGACCGUGCAAGGGGUGUUGAUUGGUCUGGUGCACCAAACGGACAGCUCAAGCUUCGAGCCUGUCGUUUCUGCAAUUAUCAACUUUACUUCGGAUGCAUUGGCCGCGAGGAACGACGAACGCCUGGACCUUGCCGUAGAGUGGCUCCGUACUAUUUUGGGAGCAUGGAAAGCGACUCGUAUUUCUCAAUGGAAGGAAGUCCUGUCUGUUGCCGUCGCCCUUGCCGAGAACCAUCCCGAAGAGCCGCCUGGAGCAUUACUGCCGCAAGUUCAAGUCCUAGUUGCCUUGCUGCUGCAAUACGCGCCGAUGGAUCAGCUUCUUCCCUUCGCGGCACGGCUGCUUGAUAUCUCAACCAAGCAGUUGACACCGACACAGUUCUUCAGCUUUUGCACCGUGACCGCUGAUCUAGGCAAAGAGAGGUUUGGAGACCUGUUGUUACCGCGUCUCCAGCAGUACAUUGUGUCGAGGUUUUCCGAAGACGAGGCUGGUCUGAUCUUUGCGCUUGAUCGACUCAAUGAACGUGGUAUGACUGGGCCCGAACGCCUCGAAUCAGCGAGCAUAUGGGAUCAACGGAUACUCGAUCGACUCUCCGGCGACGCAGCUAUUCCCAGCGUACUGCUCGCAUCAUUUUGUCGAUUGCCUCACGUUGUUCGCUUCCCAGUCAACCGUGACUUCAAAAGAGUGAUCUCAGAUGCCAUGCAUCUGCGGAUAGUCGCGGCGUUGGAUGCAGCUGACCCCAAUAUGGACAGCAGCCGUCGUAUUUCAGUAGGCUGGCUGAUCGAGGCAUACAUUGCGCUAUCACCAACUCACACCGAUGCGGCCGUGCUAUGGGAACAGCUGAUGCUAGGACCACGUUCCUGUCUCCGUCUUUUGCCUUUUCUCCGUGGUUGCAAUCGACUCGCGUCUUUGUACGAGGUCACUGACUCCCUGGCAGAGCCAGCACGAAUGCGCAUCGUCGCUAGUCUAACAGAUAACUUGUUGGCUCCAUCGGAAGCUUUUCGCGAGCAGUCUCUUCUACUUCUUCAGACUUUGGGAAGUCGGUCAAAUGGCCCUUGGCUGAGAGAUACUCUCGACUCGCUCAUCGAGAUUCUCCGGAUUCCCUAUCUUCCUUCUAACGCACGAAGCAUAUCCAUGUUAUUGCGAAGACUACCCCAACGUCAAAAGGCCCGUCCAGAUGACAAGUUAUUGGCAACCGUCAUCCCAUAUUUCUGCUUGGGAAUGCUACAGAAUUACCACGACCAAACUCGAAAAGACUUGAGCCGGGCCUUGGGCGACAUGAUCGUCAAUACACCCCUGGAGGAUACGGUUCUCGACAUUCUGGGCUCAUGGCUACGGCAGCCUGUGGAAAGUGCGGCAGUGGCGUCCGCACCGCAUGUGGCGCCGCAGCAACAUUCUAUUUUUCAAGAUGCCAACUCAGUCCGGAUCGAAUUGGUUUUAAACGAGGUUUCAGAUCUCUAUGAGAGUCCCACCGACCGGAUGGAGGCAAUGGCGAAAGACGCACACAAAUUGGAGACUAUCAAAGCACCGCCAAAGAGUCGCAGUCUUGCGCUACAUGCUCUCAUGGAGAUGAUCGAGAUCGUAGAGCGGCGAUCCAGACUACUCUCACCCAUAUUUCUUGCAGCCCAAUUCACACGCACAACCAACGACGGCACCGAGCAUGCUGAGUCCUCCGAUUCGUCAGAAACACUCAGUCCUGACAUAACCGAGGCAGGCUGGUCUCUAGCUGAUCGGAAGCUAUUUGUCACUUUGUUUGCCAAUUUUCAGAACCCACGAGUACUGUUCCGAUCGGCAGAGGUUUACGAUAAGCUGCUCGAUCUAUUGAGCAACGGCAACGCAGACAUCCGGAAACAAGCAUUGCUUGCUAUUCUGCGAUGGAAGAAUGCUACACUUCUGAAGCAUGAGACCAUGCUCAUGAAGAUCAUCGAGGAGAAAAUACCAAGUGCUGACAUUGGUAUCAUGCUCAAUGCUGAAUCCGAGGAGAACAUAGUCAAGCCCGAUGAGCGGUCGACGGUCUUGCCGGUACUCCUCAGGCUCAUUUAUGGGCUCAUCGUUGGUCGAUCUGGAUCAUAUGGCUCUCAACAAUCGCGAAGAAAUACUCUUCUACGAAUGCUCUUCCGCAUGGACGAGGCCGAAGUCAUCCUCUUCCUCAACAUAUCGCUUGGAAAGCUCAAAGACAUCACGCUUGGCCAUGAUGAUACUUUUAGUGAUGAGCUUCUGCACCGUGAAAUCACUUCUCCAGAUCAGAGAUACGGCUUCGUGCGGAUGAUGUUAUCUCUUCUGGAGACGCUGCAAAGCCAGUUCGCCUCAUUCGGCAAACACGUCGUGGAGCCACUACUAUACUGUAUACUACGGUCAUCAUUGCUGACAGAUAGUCCAUCUGGGAACUCCAACAGCCUCGAACGCAAUAUACGAAAGAAUGGCAUUCAGUGCUUGACCAUGAUAUUCGAAACCUCAAGCGACAUUGUUUGGCAGCCCUACAUACGGCCAUUGUUCGCAAGAGUCAUUACACCACGCAUGAAGGCAUUCGCUGCAGAGAACUCUCAGGCGGUAUCAACCCUGCUACGACUACUUGCAGUUUGGUGUCAGUCCCCAAAAUUCAUCUUGUUCCUCACCGAUUAUGAUCAUCAGUUCUUGCCGGUCACGUGGGAAACCCUAGGCAGCCCUUUGACGAAACCAGCUGUCAAGGCCUUCAUCUUGAACGACAUGUUACUGCAGCUGCUUCACAAUGCCCAGAAAAGUGGUUCUGAUCCUACUUCGAACGUUGUGCUGCAGCGACAAGUACCGAUGAUUCUGCAAAGCAUGACUUCACUCCUGAGCUCAGCACCGGCAACUGAUGUGCUUCAAGCCAGCACCGCAGUGUUGCUUGAACUUGCACCCCUCACAACCUCAUCUAGUCACAAGGAUGCGGUCACUGCCCUCCUAGUCGAUCUCCUGGCCUCAUCCAAGCAUCGCUUAUCUCCGGUCGUCAAAGCCAGCCUUUUGAAGGCAAUCCACGCGCUACUUAGGUCUUCUGGUGGAACUAUGGAAUGCCCUGUCUUCGAUAAGCUCCUCGACUCGGUCUCCUCGCUCUUUAAUUAUUUCAAAGACAGACCGAACCGGAUAACGCUUUGUGACGCUCUUGAGACCAUGACAGAGAGGGACGACCGGCUGAGAGUUGCGUCAGAAAUAUGUCGAGGCCUCAACGCAAUGUCCAGUGAACGUCUAGACAACGUCGACUUCGACCGUCGUCUCGCUGCAUUCCAGGAGACCUCGAUUCUAGAGAUCAGGGAAGACACCGUAAGAGCUUGGAAGCCCGUCAUGCACAACCUCCUUUUCUUCUGUCGUGAUGAAGAUUUUUCUAUCAGAUCAAAUGCCGUGUCUUCGAUGCGAGGCUUCAUCAAGCGUGCAGCACCGGACUCCUCGACCGCUGUCUCGCAGAUGAUACACGGAACGCUCCUGCCAGCGCUUCAAAAGGGUCUUACACAUGAUUCCGAGGUUGUUCGCGCCGACAUGGUGUCACUGUUUGGUCUUCUGGUUCAAUACCUCGACGAGCCUCGCCUGAGUAACAUGAAGCCGCUGCUUGUUGACAAUGACGAGGAAGCGUCGUUUUUCUCCAACAUCUUGCACAUUCAGCAGCACAGGCGCCUCAGGGCUAUCAGGCGUCUCGUUGUGGAAACGGAAAAAGGGGCCAUUAGUGCCGCCAAUAUUGUACAAGUCUUUGUUCCCCUCCUUCAAAAUUUCAUUCGUGAUCAGUCGCCGGACGAUUCGACCCAAGGGACCAAGGGCCAGAGUCUCCUGGCUAUGAAAGUGCUUCUGCAAUGGACCGAGUGGAAACAGUUCAAAGGCAUUUUCAAACAAUACAAAACCGAUCUUCAGGGUGAAGAACAAGCUCAGAAGACCGCGAUCAAGAUGCUAUCGCAUGCAGCUGACGCUUUGUUGGAGGCUCGGAUUCAACAGGAUGUUAUCGCGCGUGAUCCACCGAGCAAUGUGUCACAUCUUGCAAGAUCGCUUCCGCCCUCCGAUGUGGUUGCUGAAGAAGUCAGGGAGCAACUACUUUCGAAACUAGCAGACUUUGUGCACUACAGAGACGAAAGAGAGAUGAGCGCUAGGCUACCUGCUGCGACAGUUGCGAUCAAAUUAAUCAAGCUGCUGCCGUUUGAAGAAGGCCAAAUUCUAUCGGCGCCUGUUGUCUUGGAUGUUGCAAACGUUCUCAAGAGCCGAGCACAAGAAUCACGCGAUGCUGGACGGGCGGUACUUGUCGAAAUCAUUGGACUACUGGGCUCUGGAAGCGUCCAAUUCGUACUGCGGCAGAUGAGAUCAGCGCUGCAGCGUGGCUACCAACUACACGUGCUCUCAUAUACUCUGCAUUCCAUUCUGGUCAAGCUAUCGCCAAGCCUAGGCCUUUCGGAUCUGGAUUACUGCACUAGCGAUCUGACAUCGGUCAUCAUGGACGAUAUCUUUGGCACUGUGGGUCAAGAGAAAGACAAUGAGGACUACGUCAGCGAGAUGAAGGAGGUCAAGAGCAAAAAGAGCUUCGACUCCAUGGAACUCAUUUCCCGGUGCACAGGCCUCGAUCACCUGAAACUUUUGAUUCAGCCCAUAACAGCGCUACUCACCGGAUCACUUCGGUCGAAACAAGUCCAGGAUGUCGACAAGUUGCUUCAUCGCAUCGGCAUUGGGGUUGGUCAUAACCCUGCCGCAAAUGAGCGAGGAUUACUGGUGUUCGCAUAUCACACGAUACAGAACUUCUAUAAGGAGAAGCCCGCUCCUAUCCCUCAGGCGAAGACCAAUAAUGAGCGCAACCGGGAGCGCUUCCUCGUCCAGGGUCCUGCUUCUCGUGCUGUCGGCUCCGCCUCAUCGAUGGUCUACAAAGUGGCGCGAUUUGCAAUCGACCUAGUGCGGUCAGCUUUAGUCAAGCAUAAUGAACUGCUGACUCCGGAGAACGUUCACGGUUUUCUGCCAGUCAUAGGUGAUGCACUCAUUGAGGGCCAAGAAGACGUUCAAAAGUCCGCCUUGAGACUGCUGUCUGCCAUAGUCAAGCUGCGUAUGCCGGAGUUGGACAGCAACUGCCCUCUUUACGCUGCAGAGGCUGUAAAGAUUGUGAAGAAUUGUACCAGCACAGACGAAGAAGUAGCGCAGGCAGCUCUCAAGCUUGUUGCAGCCGUUCUGCGAGAAAGGAAGAACGUCAAGGUUCGCGACUCUGACGUGGUUGAGAUACUCAAAAGAAUCACGCCGGAUAUGGACGAUCCCAGUCGACAAGGUGUAACUUUCAACUUCAUCCGGGCUGUUCUUGCACGGAAGUAUGAUCUUCCAGAAGUUUACGAUAUUGUCGACAAGAUCGCCGCUACGAUGGUAACGAGCCAAGGUCGUGAGGCCAGAGACGUUGCAAGAGGUGUCUACGUUCACUUCUUGGUCGAAUAUCCCCAGAAGCCGAGCAGAUGGAGCAAACAGCAGAAGUUCCUCGUCAAGAACCUUGACUACGAUUAUCCGGAAGGCCGGCAGUCAGUGAUGGAAGCUAUGAGCAUGCUUCUGAAAAAGAUUUCUGGCGACUCGGCUCAGCAGCUCGUUGCUGCCUUCUUCGUGCCCGUCGUUCUCCGCUUGGCAAAUGAUGAACACGGUGAGUGUCGCGAGCUGGCAGGCGCACUACUUGGCCAGAUAUUCGUCAAGGCGGAUCAACAACGAAUGAAAGAGAUGCUUGGGCCACUGGAAGGCUGGCUGGAGCAGGAUGAGAACACAUCACUCAUUAAGCUUGCGCUUCAGGCGUUCGGCAUCCUUUUCAGAGUCACUGAAAAGGGCAAUAACGACCAAGUCCAGCUAUGUCGAACGAGGAUCGGUGGACUGCUGCUGUCAGCAGCGUUGGAGGACGAUGCGGUUGAUCUGCAAUGUGCAGCUCUUGAUCUCCUCUCCAUACUAACAGAGGCCCGACCAGCUGCAGUGCUCUCGACCAAUGCCGAGAGCAUUUGGGCCUCGGUAAGAGCUCUUCUGUCUCAUCGCGGCCUGCGAAUAAGGCACAAAGCAGCUGCACUCGUCAGAUCUUUCCUGGAAAGCUGCGACUCGAAAGCGUGGUCGAGAAUUCCACUCGCCAAUGCAUACGGGCUCCGCUGGGACGCAGCGUCCUUGCAACAACCACUGCGAGCCUGCGUAAGGAUCCUGAGGUUGAAUCAAGAAGACGCUAAGCUCAACGACGAGAUCGUACCGAUCAUGGUCUUCCUUGGAAGAUGCUCAAGCAUCAACGGUCUGACCAUACCACUCAACAGCAACGCCGAUAAGUCCUUAGACGAGAUCGAAAACGAGGGGCAGGAGGAGAUCAAUCACGCCACCAGCUCAAUUCCAGCAACGCAGUAUAUUUUGGACCAGCUGUCCUUCGCCCUGCGACGUGAGACGACCACGAUGACAACCGGCGCCUUCCUCCCCAAAGUCGCGGCACUCUAUGUCCUCACAACACUUCUCCCGCACCUGAACGACUCAUCCCUCGCGCCCACCACGCUCUCCACACUCCUGCUACCACUCAUCCACCUCACCUCCACCUCCGCGGGCACGCCGCACUCCGCCGACCCCACCUUUGCCAGGACGUACGAAGGCCUCGUCACUGCCGCGCAGGACGCCAUGAACGCCAUCCAAGAGAAGGUAGGCGACGAAGCGUACAUCAAAGCCAUGACGGUCGCCUCCCGUGUGGCGAAGGAGAGGCGCGAGGAGAGGCGCCGGAAGCGGGUGAUCGAGCGUGUGGCUGACCCGGAGGCAGCGGCGCGCCUAAAGCGCAAGAAGGGCGACAGGAAGAAGGAGCGCAAGAGGGAGAUCGGGCAGCAGUUUGGGGUGAGAAGGAAGGCGAGAGGUUGGUGA